AGUUAAGACUGUUAAUCCUUCUUAUGCAGUUGUUAAGUGAGUCACCCUAUUCAGCCUUGAUUUCAUUUCAUAUCUGAAACAUCACUUAUUUGAAUGUCAUUGUUAUUAUUAUUAUUAUGUAUCUGAAUUACUUCAUUGUUUUCUAUAUCAUUCUGUAUUUGAAUGGAUUUAUAGCCAUGUAUGCAACCCUUGCAAGCAGAGAAUUCCAGAAUCACUUUUAUCUUGGAGUUCAUUGAGAAAAGACUUAAAGAACAGUAGUUGCUGAGGGUGCAGGGCAAGAGAGUACAGGGCGAUGAUAGCAAUUAGUCAAACAUAUGAAUUGUCAGUUUUCAUGCUUGCAGGACCACUUUGCAAAACAUCAAGUACAUUGGAUAUAGUAAGUCAAAGGCAACACUUUUCAAAUUCACAAAGGCCUCAAGAUAUUGAUGUUCCGGGUGAUUCGGCAUCAAAACUGAGUGAGAAUGUUAGAGUAGCUAGUCCUUAUGGAGAUCCUUCAAGUAACAUGCUAAGAGAUGAUGAUCCAAGUGGUGCAGUAUUCCUGCGCACAAACUGGCAGUUGCAAGGGUACUUACAAGAGCAAGAUGAUAUAAUUGAAAAGAAUGGAGUUGCUGUCUCUUUGAAUGGGUUGAAUUGUUCUACGACAGCUACAGAAGUUGGCACCUGAACUACAUCCAGUUCACUUUCUGAGCUACUUGAAUAGUCUUUCUCAUGAUGAUUAUAUUGCUGCUUUGGAGAAUCUUUAUUGCUACUUGGAUUACAGGCCGCUGCUGUGGCACACUCCCUCUUCUGCAUCUGCUACAAGUACAAUCUGCAAGUUGAGAAUGCUUCAGUUCUUCUUUUACUUGCUGAAAUUCACAAGCAUUCCUACUGUUGUCUGUUCUCUACUUUAAAUCCGGAAACGCAGUUCUAGGCCUUCCAUAUGCAUUAGCAAGCCUUUCAUUCUGCCGAUCUUCUAAAAGCCUCUGCUACUCUUACUCUAGCUGAGUUGUGGCUCUCUCUUGGAUCAAGCCAUGCGUUUUCACCAUAAUGGCAAGUUGGAAUUCUAAUGAGGUAAUGAAGAUUAAAGCCAUGUUGGAGGAGGGACAACCUCGCUUUAAGGACAUAUUCUGACUAAGAAACUAGAAACAAGAGUUUACCAAGUUCAUGAACAAGUCAACUACUACACAGUUCAAGUUGAUGGAACAUGCGAUGUUAUUCUGUAUUUUUUUUUUGCGAUUCGAAUCCAGAGAAAUCAUUUUCAAUUCACAAGCUUAGGACACCUAGCUAGCAGCUUCCCCUUCAUAUUUUAAUGUUCAAUAUUUCUGCAUGUUUGAGAAGUUGAAUGAUUUCUGUAAUCAUCCUUGGAACAAAAAAGUUGCCACUUUGAAGCUUGAUUACUGCAACACUCCAUGGAAGAUAGUAGCUUCAAUUGCUGGAAUUUUUCUUAUUCUCACUAUUAUUCAGACAGGAUUUUCUAUCCUCCAAGUAGUACUAGCUUAAUGCAUGUGCUUUCUAGCUUGGAUGAUGAUUAUAUACUAAUGUGUCAAUCACUCAUGGUAUUAUCUUGAGGCCGAGCCUUGAAUAAAUAUGUUUCUUAUUACAUAAUAUCAGUGAUACUUGCCUUAGAACAUUAUACUUGUCUUUAUUUUUUUCCCAAUCUCAGCUAUAUAUAUCUAUCUCAUGUUGAAUGAUGCUCUUGACAUUUGGAACUGUGGUUGCAUAACACAACUUGUUUUUUUAUAAGGUUGUGUGUCCUAUUCCACCCAUGCUAUACAAUCUGUUGUGAUGCUUCCAAAACUUUUGAUUGUAAAACAAUGAUUACUGACACAAGGUUCAACUUGUACUGAGGCAAAGGCCACACUCUCAUAUCGUUUCACUUUUCAAAUACACAAAGGCUGAAAGAUGGCAACUCCGAAUCCUAAUGACGUUGUAAUGAAGAUUAAAACAAUGUUGGAGAAGGGACAACCUCGCUUUACAAAGGAAUGUUGCAUCUACAAGGUUCCCCACAACAUCUAUGCAUACACUCCAGAGAUUGUUUCAAUUGGUCCUUUUCACCAUGGAGAUGAAAAAUUGCUAAAGAUGGAGGACCAUAAAAGACUAUAUUGCAAACAAUUUAUUGAAAGAUCAGAGACAAACAAGUUAGAAAGUUUUGUGAAUUGCGUGCAAGAGCUUGAGCCAAAGAUUCGUGCUUGUUACUCAGAUGAUACCAAGCUUAGUAAGGAAGAACAUGUUAUGGUGAUCUUGGUGGACUGCUGCUUCAUAUUAGAGUUUUUACUCAGGUACCAUUUCAUGCUUACGCGUGGCGAUGAUGCUAUUCUUUUGCCAACACGGUUAAGGGUCUAUAUACGAUAUGAUUUGUUGUUGCUUGAGAAUCAAGUCCCAUUCUUUGUUCUUGACAAGCUUUACAAUCUACUUUUUCCUUCUACCUUCAUUGGUCGGAGCCACGAUAGGCAUCCUUUGUUGUUAAGUCUCGCUCUUUAUCAUGUAGUUCCUUGUAGAAUAAUCUUUCCUGGUGAUUAUAAGGGUGAGUUAUCAGUAUCCAAUGUUGGUGGAAUAGCUCAUUUCACAGAUCUUUCUAGAAAGCUUCUAUUAUUAUCCUGUAACUUAUCAAUCUCUAGAUGUUCAAGAGAAGCACAGAUAGUGCAAAUUUAUAGUGCAACUGAGUUGAAGGAAGCAGGAGUAAAGUUUGAGGUAAACAAAGCUAGUCAAUGCUUACUAGACUUGCAACUUUCUGGUCAUAGUUUGAGAAUCCCAUUCUUUAGAGUGGAAGAUAUUACUGAGGUUGUUUUGAGAAAUUUGUUAGCUUUCGAGCAAUGUCACUGUAUCGAUGAAUCCUACCUUGCUGACUAUAUUGCUGUGUUAGAUUUUCUUAUUAACACAGACAAAGAUGUAGAUUUGCUUAUUAAGAAUGGAAUAAUUGAGAAUUGGUUAGAUGAUAGUAAUGCAGUGGCCAAAAUGUUCAAUGGUCUUGGAGUGAACAUUAUGUAUCCAGAUUUUAAUGUGCAGUAUUCCCUUAUUUUUCAAAGGUUGAAUGAUUUUUGUGCACGCCCUUGGAACAAAAAAGUUGCGACUUAUUGCAACACUCCAUGCAAGACGGUAGUUUCUAUUGCUGGAUUUUUCUGCUUGUUCUCACUGUUAUUCAGACAGUAUUUUCUAUUCUCCAAGGAGUACACUAGUACUAGAUUAUUGUUUGAUAUCUUUGUAAUUGGAAGAAUUGAAGUGUUUAUUAUGAACAUGUGGCCACUUUAUUAUGUAAUUAUUGAAGACCACUGCAUAAGGCAACUGCCUUCUCUGUAAUUGUGUAUCAAGUUUGAAUGUGAUAUUUUUUUAUUGUUGCUUUCUGGUUUCUAUACAUUAUUUACACAUCUUUAUUCUGAAAUUAGUAUUCAAACAUCAUGUUCUAUCUUAAGGUUUGAAACAUUACGAUCUUUACCUGCUUCGGGAACAUUUGUAGCUUUGAAACAAUAAUGCUCCCAAAUCAAUUGUUUAGGUGAUAGCAAAGCAGUCUUGAGGAGAACAUUAUCCAUGAAACUUUUAAU